AUGACCAGUGCCCCUGUGCGUUCUAUAGCUAAUAAUAAUUAUAUUCAAAGGCAAGGUCAAAAUCAAAACAAUGUCGUAAAAUCGUUUGCGAGCACCAGCAAAAUUUGUAGCAAGAAGCCAAAUACUACAUUUAUGUGUAUUAUUUGCAAUGAGCGUCAUAGGAUAUAUGAUUGUCCAACGUUUAAAGCGAAGGGGGUUGACGAGCGAAUGAUGGACGUGACGAAGUAUAAACUGUGUGUUAAUUGUUUAAGACAAGGUCACCCCGAAAGCGAGUGUCGCAUGGGUCCAUGCCGUGAACGCGGCUGCACCGAGCGGCACAAUAGUCUGCUCCAUCGCCCAUCAUCCUCCUCAAGCCACCUCGCUCUCAUUGAUGAACAAGAUGAAAAUGAAAUUAUCGUUAACUAUUCUAAUCACAAUACAAAUGAGGUGUUAUUAUCUACUGCUAUCAUUGAAGUAUCGAAUCCAGUUGAUCAUCAAAAGGUCAAAGUUCGUGCUCUUUUAGAUUGCGGAAGCCAAUCGUCAUUUAUAUCUGAGUCCCUAAAGACCAGACUGUCAUUAAAGUCUCGCCACAUUGACACACUAAAGGUCAUUGGUGUAGGCAAUACUUCUUCAAUGAAUGUAAUUGAAAGUUGUAAUAUUCAAUUAAAAGCAACAAAUAGUAAUUUCAGUGCAAUUUUAUCGUGUUUUGUGUUAAAUGAGCUCACCGGUCGUUUACCAAAGACGCCGGUUGACAUCAAGUCAAUUAAAUUACCAGAAAAUAUUCAGUUGGCUGACCCCAUGUUUUAUCAGCCAGCUCCCAUAGAUGUACUAAUAGGUGCUGAUCUCUUCUGGGACAUUCUAGGCAACGAACAACGUUCUCUAGGACCAAACAAUCCUAAGUUAAGGAGUUCACAGUUAGGUUGGAUAAUCUCUGGCCCUAUAAAUUCAGCAGUAUCUAGCAAUAGGAUACACUAUAAUCACGACAUUGUCUCUUCAUCACAAAAUGAAAAUAUAGAACAGUUAGUUUCUAAGUUUUGGGAGUUAGAAGAAGUUUCGAAAAAGUCAAUCAUAAGUGAAGAUGAAAGCGCGUGUGAAAGGCACUUUCUCGCUAAUACCAUUAGAGAUGAAGAAGGUAGGUUUUGUGUCAAAUUACCUUUGAAAGAAUCAGUAGAUUGUUUAGGUGAUAGCUAUAAUCUUGCUAAAAAACGAUUUAUUAAUUUAGAAAAACGGUUCAAGCGUAAUCCAAACCUUAAAUCUGAAUACACAAAAUUCAUAAGAGAAUAUGCAGAAUUAGGGCAUCUCUCUGUAUCUAAUUAUAAUAGUUCACCUGUCCCUCCCCCAGCGUACUACUUGUGUCAUCAUGCGGUCAUACGUCAAGAGAGCGAGUCUACCAAGCUCCGCGUAGUAUUCGACGGCUCAGCCUCUUCUACAUCAGGACACUUCUUGAUCGGGAGACCGUUAACUGCUCCACCGUCGCAACAUCUGGGUGACUCUAAGGAAAGUACACUCCAAGGCUAUGAACGCUUAGAAAAAAUGCAGCAACACUUCUGGCAAAGAUGGCAGCGUGAAUAUCUGUCUGAGAUGCAGCAGAGAACAAAAUGGAAAAGCAGUACAUCAAAGCUGGACAUAGGAGAUAUGGUACUCUUAGCAGAUGACAAUGCUCCUCCACUAUCUUGGAAGCUCGGGAGAGUACUACGGCUCAUCACGGGAUCCGAUGGAAUAGCGAGAGUGGCAGACAUCACCACUAAUAAAGGCUGUGUGCGCCGAUCUCUAGUAAGGCUGUGCAAGCUACCGACAGCCGAGGAACUUCAAGGUUGAAAGUGAUCUUUCAACGGCCGGGAGGAUGUUCAGACUGACGCCUGCUCAAUAUUGCGUCGGGGCAUAGUGGCGCGAAAAUUGCCGUCGCCCGCAUCAGGCGCUUGGGCAUUUUUUAAUACAAAUCGGUCGCGGGUGUGCCACUUGUCCCGAGAUCACCGUAACGUUCACAUGUAUUUUUUAAUUAUACUAUUUUAAAGUAUCCGGUUGUUUAACUUAAGGCACCAUUCUAUCUACUAAAGAUAG